AUGCUUGUACUGGCAGGUCGGUAUUACCGGUUCGAAAUGUUGUUGUUGCAAAUUUUAACUGCUUUGACUAUCUCCUCCUUCUUUGGGAAUGCGAUCAAAGUGGAGCCCUCAGAGAAUGUUAUUCUUCCGACUUAUAUGACAAACAUUCAGUAUGAAAGCAUUCAGUUCCAAAAACGUGCCAAAAAUGCUUCCCAUCUCAGCCCUCUGAACUUCAUUAUUACCGAUUUGCGCUGCAAAGAUGUCAAGAUUUCACUAAUGUCAAACAACAAAAGUAUUGCUGUCGGCAGAUUCGAUGAACGGACGGAUGCCUAUGCUGACAAGCGCUUUGAUUCCAAUGGAGUGUUGACACAUCUUAGUAUUUAUUUCAAGCAGAGUGCUGCAAACAGUGGCACUUAUAUUUUAACAGUGGAGGCUUGCUCGGACUCGGGGUCUGCAGAAAUUCAAGUUCUCUCUGCUCCGAUUCUGCCGAUCUACUCAAAACCGAAGCGGGUUUUACAGGGUGAUCCACUUCGCAUUUCUUGUCGGGUUUCUGGUUUUCCUUGUCCUGAUGGUGUACAAUGGUUGUUUGCUCCCAUUUCCACCGAACUUUCCGAUGAUAAAGCGGCGAUUUCCGAUGCAUCGGCGAAUCUAAAGCCAAUUAAUCUUUUGGACGAUUUAUGGAAGGACGCCAGCUUUGUAACAGAGGACGGCACCCCAAAUGAUACCCUUCGAUUCAGCGCAAUCACCGUAGCCCAAAACGGUCUUUUCGCCUGUAAUGUUUCCAACAUACUUGGUAGUGAUUCGACCUUCCUUCUAGUCGGGGUCAAAGACCGAUGGGCGGCUCUAUGGCCAUUUAUUGGAAUAGUGGUUGAGGUGACAGUUUUAGUCGCAGCCAUCCUUCUCUAUGAACGUCAUCAGAUACGGAAGAAGCCCGCUGCUCCGGAAACAACUGGCAAUCCCGAUGCCACUUCACCUAAUGGCAACGCUGUCGACAAGAUUCCCAAGCCAGACGAAGUUCGUCUUCGCAACGCCAGAACGUAG